AGAAGUGGUAGCUGUCACUGGUGAUGGUACAAAUGAUGCGCCUGCUUUAAAGAAAGCUGAUGUUGGAUUUGCAAUGGGUAUUGCUGGAACUGAUGUUGCAAAAGAAGCAUCAGAUAUCAUUUUAACAGAUGAUAAUUUUACUUCUAUUGUAAAAGCAGUUAUGUGGGGCCGUAAUGUGUAUGAUUCGAUCUCAAAAUUUUUACAAUUUCAAUUAACAGUAAAUGUUGUUGCUGUUACAAUUGCAUUUAUUGGUGCAUGUGCAAUAAAUGAUUCUCCUCUGAAAGCUGUACAAAUGUUAUGGGUGAAUUUAAUUAUGGAUACGUUAGCUUCAUUAGCAUUGGCAACAGAAUUGCCAACAGAGGAUUUAUUGGAGCGUAAACCUUACGGACGUACAAAAUCACUUAUUUCACGAACAAUGGUUAAAAAUAUCGUUGGUCAUGCCAUUUUUCAGCUAACAAUUUUGUUUGCCAUUCUUUUUUGGGGUGAUAAAUUCAUCCCAGACGUGGAAAACGGACGUUGGGCACCGCUUAAUUCACCACCCUCAAGACAUUUCACCAUAAUUUUCAAUGCUUUUGUUUUAAUGACUUUAAUGAAUGAAAUUAAUUCACGAAAGAUUCAUGGAGAGCGAAAUGUCUUUAAGGGUCUUUUUACGAAUCCAUUAUUUUGUAUUAUUUGGAUUUUGACGCUAAUUUCCCAGGUGUUAAUUGUACAAUUUGGUGGUGCAUGGGUAUCAACAGCUCCUUUGAAUGAAAUUCACUGGGCUGUUUGUAUUGCAUGUGCAUUUGGCACUCUUUUAUGGGGCCAGGUUUUAGCAACAAUACCAAGUAAAGUGCUUCCUAAAUUCUUUUCAUUUGGUGGUGGCGAAAUUCAGCCAACUUCAGUCUUAGUUACUGGUGAAUAUGAUACAAGUGAUGGUCUUGUAAAAGGCAUGUCAAAGGAGGAUCAAAAAAGGCCCGGUCAAAUGUUAUGGCUUCUUGGAUUGACACGAUUGCAAACACAGAUGCGUGUUAUUCGAGCUUUCCAAACGAAUGCAUGUACUACUCAUCCAAGUUCAUUGACAACUUCUACUGCCGAACGUUUACGUGCCAGUUAUCGUAGGCUACAACUUGCACGUGAAAGAGAGGAACAACGAAGGAUGCAUUCUGCAAGGUUCGAUGAAGAAAUUCGGAUAGAUAAUAAGUUAAAAGAUAAUACAACAACAAUCAAUUUUGCAUGA